CGGUUUCUCUCUCACAGUCACCCACAGCCAUUACCUCUCAGACCAACCUCUUCUCGCUCUAAAAUCACUCUCCACCUCUCUCUCUUCUCAAUCAUAUUUUUUUAAUGCGAUAAUGCCUGCCACGGACUAUCAAGGUUCGUCGGCAUCCCUUAGACAUUCUAUUUUAAGUCUCCGACGCGACCCCGUCCAUUCCAUGGACUCUCAACAAAGCACCUCAGCUCUCGAGCUCGAGCUCGAAGCUUUUCAGAGACAAGUCACCGAGCGAUUUCUUGAGUUAUCAUCGGCUGGGCCUGAUCGCUUGCUUUCGUUGGCUUGGAUCCAGAAACUCCUCGAUUCUUUCCUAUGUUGCCAGGAGGAGUUUAGAGUCAUUCUGUUCAAUCACAAGUCGUUGGUCCAUAGACCGCCUCUGGACCGGUUUGUUCAGGAUUAUUUUGAAAGGACUGUCAAGGGAUUGGAUGUUUGUAACGCGAUUCGUGAUGGGAUUGAGCAGAUCAGAGAGUGGAAGAAGCUUUUGGAGAUUGUUUUGUGUGCUUUGCAUAAUCAAAGAAUGUUUGGUGAGGGUCAGUUUCGCCGAGCUAAAAAAGCUUUGAUUGAUUUGUCGAUUUCUAUGCUAGAUGAGAAGGAUUCGAACGCAUCAUCGGCUUUGGCUCAUAGAAACCGAUCUUUUGGAAGACAACAAGCUUCGUCAAGAGACCAGCAUCAUAGGAAUCUUGGGCAUUUUAGAUCGUUGUCGUGGAGCGUGUCGCGGUCGUGGUCUGCUGCUAGGCAGCUCCAGGCAAUAGGGAAUAAUUUGGUUGCGCCACGAGGGAAUGAAGUUGUGGCUACUAAUGGAAUUGCGGUGGCUGUUUAUACUAUGAAUACGAUUUUGCUUCUCGUAAUGUGGGCACUUGUGGCUGCGAUUCCAUGCCAGGAUAGAGGGCUGCAGGUCCAUUUUUCGAUUCCUAGGCAGUUUCCGUGGGCGCAGCCGGUGGUGUUGUUGCACGAGAGGAUUUUGGAGGAGUCACGGAAAAGGGAUAGGAGGAAUGCACCUGGGUUAUUGAGAGAGCUUUAUCAGAUGGAUAAGUGUGCGAGGGUUAUGGGCGAUUUGAUGGAUUGGGUUCAGUUUCCGUUAACAGAGGAAAAGGAAGGGGAGGUGAGGCAAAGAGUGAAUGAAUUGGCAAAUGUUUGUGAGGUUUUAAAGGAGGGAUUGGAUCCCUUGGAAAGGCAAGUUAGAGAGGUGUUCCAUAGGAUUGUUCAUAGCCGGACUGAAGGGCUUGAUUCUCUGGGAAGGCCUAAUCAUGUGUAAUGUUUUGAGUGAUGGGCCAUUUGUGUUUUGGGAGAUGAAAAUAUGGAGAAUGAUUCUGAUCUAAGUCAUGGUUUGAAAAUAAAUGGGUAAGGAAAGGAGAUUUUUCGGAAAAUAUAUGUUGUGUAAAGAAAUGUAGGAUAUGGAAAUUGGGGGAGUGCUUGCAGUACAUGGCUGCUGAUCUCCAGCUUUCCUUGCUAUUGUAUAAUCGAAAUUUUCUCGAGUAAAAAUUGCAUCUUGCUGUUGUAGCUGA